UAUCUCGUGCCAUCUGUGGUUGCGACAGAAAUACAAGCAAUGUGUUUAUCAGUGAAUCGUCGAAGAUUCAUCGUCGGGUUCAAAGUAGGGCAAGAAGCCGACUCGAGCCCCGUUGAGCCCUUGUGACCUUUCGUAGUUUGUGGUGACCUUCACGCGAGGUUGACUGUGGAGCUGCUCGUACAUCCAUCUACUUCUCCUCUUCGUCUUUUCCCUUUUCUAUUGUGAAACAUUAUUACAAGGAGAAACCUUAAGAGCCAGCAAAAUGUCAAGGGAACGUGUAUCUAGAAGAUUUUACCGUAUGGACAGUAGUAAUGAUUUACUUGAAUUUAUGGAUCGUGGAUACAGUGCACAACAUGAAAAUAGAUGGAAUUUUGAAGUUGCAUGGGAAGCUGCCAACAAAGUUGGGGGUAUAUACACAGUAAUAAGGUCCAAAGCUUUUGUUUCAACUGAGGAAAUGGGAGAUCAGUAUUGUCUUAUUGGUCCAUACAAAGAAACUUCAGCUAGAACUGAAGUUGAGGAAGCAGACUUUCCAAAUAACAAUCCAUUGCACUUAGCUGUUCAAGUUUUACGUGAUCAAGGAUUUAAAGUGGUAACAGGAACAUGGCUGGUUGAUGGAAAUCCACAAAUAAUUCUCUUUGAUAUCGGAAGUGCAGCAUGGAAGCUGGAUGAAUACAAGCAAGAAUUAUGGAACACAUGUCAUCUUGGUAUUCCUCACCUCGAUAUAGAGGCGAACGAUGCCGUUAUUCUCGGUUAUCUCGUUUGCCAAUUUAUCACUGAAUUUAGAAAAGCUGCAGAGGGAUACUCAGAUGUUCCACCACGUGUAGUCGUACAUUGUCACGAAUGGCAAGCUGGUGUCGGUUUAAUUGCAUUAAGAACUAGACACGUGGAUGUAGCUACGGUUUUCACUACGCACGCUACGCUUCUUGGUAGAUAUCUUUGCGCGGGAAAGACUGACUUUUAUAAUAAUUUAGAUAAGUUUAAUGUCGAUGAAGAGGCAGGAAAGCGACAAAUUUAUCACAGAUACUGUAUGGAACGUGCGGCUACGCACUUAGCGCACAUAUUUACGACUGUUUCGGACAUAACAGGUUUCGAGGCCGAACACUUGUUGAAACGGAAACCAGAUAUAAUUACGCCAAAUGGUCUGAACGUGAAGAAAUUCGCGGCAAUACACGAAUUUCAAAACUUACAUGCUGUUAGUAAAGAAAAAAUACACGAAUUUGUUAGAGGACACUUCUAUGGUCAUUAUGAUUUUGACCUGGAUAAAACUUUAUACUUUUUUAUUGCUGGACGUUAUGAAUUUGGAAACAAAGGAGCCGAUAUAUUUAUCGAAGCUUUAGCCCGAUUAAAUCAUUACUUAAAAUCAUCUAGACCUGAUACCACUGUGGUGGCUUUUCUUAUUUUCCCAGCGCGCACCAAUAAUUUUAAUGUAGAAUCGUUACGAGGUCAUGCUGUUACCAAAUCAUUGAGGGACACGAUUAACGACAUACAACAAAAGAUAGGAAAACGUAUGUACGAGUUGUGUCUUUCUGGUCGCAUGCCUGAUGCGCAAGAUCUUUUACAAAAAGAAGACACUAUCAAAAUUAAACGGUGUUUGUAUGCUCUACAGAGAAACGGACUACCCCCAAUUACUACCCACAACGUGAUCGAUGACUGGAACGACCCAGUUUUAAAUUCUAUCAGAAGAUGCAAUCUUUUUAAUACAGUUAAUGAACGAGUUAAGAUAGUAUUUCAUCCAGAAUUUUUAUCAUCGACAAAUCCGUUAUUCGGUCUCGACUAUGAAGAAUUUGUAAGAGGGUGUCACUUGGGAGUCUUCCCCUCGUAUUACGAACCCUGGGGCUACACUCCAGCGGAAUGUACAGUUAUGGGUAUUCCUAGUAUAACUACGAAUCUAUCUGGUUUUGGAUGCUUUAUGGAGGAACAUAUAGCCGAUCCAAUGAGUUACGGUAUUUACAUCGUGGAUAGAAGAUUCAUUGGUCUGGAGAAUAGCGUUCAACAACUUGCUCAUUACAUGUUCGACUUUGCACGACUCAGUCGCCGGCAGCGUAUCAUUCAAAGAAAUCGUACGGAACGUCUCAGCGAUCUUCUUGAUUGGAGAAACCUUGGCAUCUAUUACCGUCAAGCCAGAAUCCGAGCUUUGAUAGCCGUGUAUCCGGAAUUAACUUCUGAGUACGCUGAAGGUGGAGUAGGUCGUUUCAGUUAUCCCAGGCCUAUCAGCGAGCCGCCAUCGCCCUCUUCUUCCAGACACACUACUCCUGCUGCCUCGGUUCACGGUUCCGACGACGAAGACGAAGACGAAGUUGACGAAGAGAAAGAGCUGGCGGAAUUGCGUCAAACAAAUGGCAGAUAAAUGUUAGAAUAAUGAAAAACUUAGCAUGGUAAACGAUAACUCACAUUAGAUGAAGACGUGGAGACUUUGCAAUAAUAGUGCCAACAAUUUGAUCAGUAUGGUCAGAUCCUCCAUGAAAAGUUAAUUUUUAAGCUACUCAUUGUAUUUCAUUCUUGCCUUUGCUCGUCAUAUUAUCCUUUUGUUACUUCUAUAACGACAGAUUUGCGAAAAAUUCAAUCACAACAAAAUAACUGUAUGUACAACCAGUAUUUAAACGCGACACUCAAAAUCGUUACAAGUAAGUCUUCCACGAAUCAUGCACCCCGCGUUUUGAAAUAGUAAUAUUGUUGUAUUUUGAGAACUAUAUUUGAUGUUAUAUAUAUGCGUAUAUUUACCCAGUGUUCCUAUUAUAUGUAGAGGCAGCUAUAUUUUUGUGAGAAUUAGCGCGCGAAGAAAAGCUACUCAUGAUUUUUAAUUCUCGAAACACCACGAUGAUCUACCACUCCUCCUUUGUGAUUCCUAUGGGUUGAUCUUAUUGUUUUCUGAAAAUGAAACUUUCGAACGCCCUCAACAAUUAUCGGCGACUUAAUCAAUUUGUAAGAAUUAUUAUAUUAUUAAUUAUUAACGUAAUAUACAAAACAAAGUGCUAAAAAGUUACAUUCUCUUUUGCGGCGAAAUCAUUACAUUUGGCAUUUCACGAUUACCAAAACUGUCUUGUCUUCUGCAAAAAAAUUGUUCAAAUAAAUAUGUACAUGAUUCAGAAACGAACAACAUACUACAUAACAAUACGCCUUAAUAAUAACAAGUACAACAAUAUACAAAGCCAGUAAAUCAACAUUUUUUUUUUUUGCGAUCAAGUUAAAAGUAUUUCAAUGUCUUUGAUGGUUAUUACACAUGAGAGAGAGAGAGAUAAAGAGAUAGUGAAAUUUUGGAAUGGUUCAUUACCACGUGAAGCUAGGUAAACACGAGGGGAUGCAUAUGAGAUGAGAUUCGACAUUCGUUCCAUCCUUUUACGUACGCCUUCACGGUUAACAACGACGAUGUAUCAUUACAAAAAUCCUGACAUCUAAUAUAAAACGUUCGAAUUUCUAAAAUACACGAUGAUGAUAUAUUAAACGCGAUCGACACCUUCACCGUCGAAGCCAAGCGUAGGCUUCGAUUUUCUAAAACGAUCAGGUUCAACGGCAUAGCCAUUGUUAGUUUCUGUAACACUAGAAGCGAUAAUCGAUACCUUUUUGAUCUUACUUAUCGGCCUGAUCGUCGGAAAGAAAAAACAAGCGGCAAAGGUGUCGAUCCGUAUCAUGCAGGAAUAACGUCACCUUCAUAAAAAAAAUUAUUUCUCGCGCCAAAAAAGAAUAUACGAAGAACAACGGAACACAAUAGUACUUUCAAUUAAGAAGAGAAGCGAAAAAGAGAAAGAAAUUCUGUAAAGCAAUACUGAAUUACAGUUAGUCAUAAGAUUGUUUUUAACCUAGUUGUCUUAUAAAUUAUAUAACCGAUAAGAGACAGUUUAGAUUCGCGUAAAGGAUACUAAAGAUAUGUUACACGUGUAUCAACAAGAAUUAAUUCGUACGCCUAGGAAAGCAGUAUACGUAAACGAUGCUGGUUAAACCUAAAUGGCACGUUUUAUACAAUUACAUACAGAAUCUGAGAACUUUACACAACAAAGGACAAUGGAGAAAGUAACUACGAUUUAUAUAAAAAAAAAAAGAACCGACAAACGAAAUCACGUGUGUUUGUAAUAAAAUCGUUACUAAUA